AUGACCACUCAACUGUCUGACCCCUCCGGUAUACCAGCCGAAGUGAAUGCUGUACCCGAUCCUCCAUCUAGACCUCAGCGUACCGAGAUUGCUCGUUACGACUUAUAUUUCAAUCAGCGCAAUUCCCGAUACGAGCUCCGAAAGUCACGAAGGCCUGCGACGGUCGAAAAAAUCAGCAGGAAGAAGCCUAUCCUUCUUGUCAAGCGACGCAUCGACUCCAGGGGUCAACUCGAGGGUACAGUGAUAGAGAUUCAUCACGAAGGAUUGCAGGCUUUGUUAGCGGAAAUCAAUCGGGGGGUGAAAGGACUCGAUCUAACAAGCAAGACACCCUCGGUUAGCCGGGAGUUGUUCUUCCAUUCGCGCGCGCAACUUGUAGAGAGGGGUCGGACCUUAGAGGCAUCCCACCAGCCUCAGGAUCAAGACCUCAUGGACGGGAUCAAAGCAGCCCUACGCCUCAUAGAAGAGGAUCUCGCCGACACUAUCAAGGAUUUCAACUUACUCGUAAGCAAGAAGCAGAUCACCUACGCGUACCUCUGGGCGCUUUUCCCUCCGAACUGCUAUGUCCACGGCUACGACUCUGCUACCGAUCAGCAUUUCGUGGCUCACGCGAAGGCAUCGCAAUAUCGAUAUACUCGGGAAGGAAAUUACUUCGAGAUCCAAUGCGACAUCAUCGUUCACGACGCCACCGAGUUCGGCCUCGCUGAGUACGAAUUCAAGAUCCCACAGUUCUCAGGAGCGUACUCUAUCCUCGAGUUGCCGGUCUGCCCCCUCGACUACUAUCCAGAUAGCGCAGCACUUCGUGAGAAAGCGAUAUCCCGGGGAAAGGUCUAUGCGAAUUUGCGCAUGCAUUUCUACCAACACCAAGGCAUAGCGACCCUUUGUGUGGGCAAUGGGUUAAGGCUGGUGACCAACGAACGAGUCAUGGUCGACGUUGAGUCCUUCUUCAGGUACCAAGCAAGGGCUAGUUUCGCGCGCACUGUCAAUCGUCGGCUGAAUCCGGAGGAGCUAUCAGACCUUGAACUGAUGAUUUGCACUCCGGUGCUCCUCGGUUUCUGCUUCAAUACCAAGUCUUGGGGUGCCUUCGCUAUUGACAGAAUCACGGAGGUAGCUUGGUCCGAUGAACCAUUCGAGAGACUAGUGCUUCCGAAGAGGCACAAGCUUCUCAUCCAAUCUCUUGUCACACAACAUGCAUCCCGUCCUGCAGGAUUCGACGAUAUCGUUGCCGGUAAAGGGAGAGGGCUGGUUGGAUUGCUGUGCGGUAAUCCAGGAUGCGGCAAGACCCUGACCGCUGAGGCUGUCGCAGAGAUCACGCGCAAGCCCCUUUACACAGUGAGCGCUGGCGAGCUCGGCACCACCCCGGAGGACACCGAUGGCCACUUGCGGCGAAUCUUACGCCUCGGAGAGCGUUGGGAUGCGGUCGUGCUCCUGGAUGAGGCGGACGUCUUCUUGCAGGAACGGGACAAGACUGAUGUAUCGCGAAAUGCUUUGGUCUCGAUCUUCCUCAGACAGGUCGAGUACCACCCCGGUAUCCUCAUCUUCACCACGAACCUCAUCCAGCAGAUGGACCCCGCCUUCGAGAGCCGCAUCCACUUCUGCGUGAAGUACGCAGACCUUGAUUUCGCCUCUCGCAAAAAGGUCUGGCAAACAUUCCUAUCCAAGGCUGGCGUCGCCGAUACGGCGAUUGGCGAACGCGACUUGUCUCAUCUAGCGAAACACCCACUGAAUGGACGCCAGAUCAAGAACAUCGUCAGUACGGCGAGGUCUAUCGCUUCCUCUGAAUCUUCCGCACUAGCACCCAGCCAUGUGCAGACAGUACUAGAGGUCAUGCAGGACUGGCACUCCGCGAAAUACGAACGUACCUGGAACCUUCAUCCCAUCGUCCUUGGUGCUGCCGGUGUCGUCUGUUCCCUGGUUUAUUUGCGGCGGUUCGCACGAUGGUAAGCUGUCUGUGUUCCUCCGCAGUGAACCGAUGGGCCCGUCUACGAUCGAUUCGUUGGCUGGAGUUGCAUUUUGUAUGUUUCGUAUCUGAGUCACAAUAGUCUUUUGAGGUACCGUGACGGAGAGAUUAAUCUCAUGGUGAUGGCGAACAAGCACCAACUCGUUUGCCCAAGUUGCC